AUGACCCACCUCUCGCUGAUGGCUCAAGGAUUGAGGAGGCGAAGGAGGUUCUACCUCAGAUGGGGCAACAAGAUCUCCUGGAAGAAUACCCAUGACCUGGGGGCCGCUGCCCAGGCCACGUGCCCGCCAUGGGCUUCCCUUUCCUCUAUUCUUCUGGCUGUUUUUGUCCUUCAUUCUAACUCUGCUGCUGCCCAGACUCCGCCUAACCCUCCCAGUAUCACCCACCACUGGAGAUUCUUUGCUAAAGAGAUCUACGAAGGACACAACAAAAUCGUAGGAACCUGGGACUGUCCAGCAGGAGGAUGCAUGACCAAGGUUGAGAUCCCCCUACACCUCGAAUCUGUGUCCACUACGUCCACCCCUGUCCUCUGCUUUCCUCACCGCAACAUAGGCGACUGCCUCGAGGAAGUCUCCAAAUUCGGAGGUUGCAAAUACUGGAAAUGCCAAACUGAAACCCCCGGUGAGAAAGACAGCAUGUUCGCCAACCUUAACACUCAUUUCCAGCUUUCCAUCGACGACCCCUGGAACGAAGAGUGGCGAAUGGGAAUUUACGGUGCCAUCUACCCUGACAUGUACGCCAAAUACCCAGUAGCGGACCUACACAUCAUCCGCCAGCUUGUCCCCACCCCCAUACCUGUCACUAAGCGACCUGUUAACAGUCUUCAACAGACGACUCAAACUCAAGAGGAGGCCCAAGCCGACUUCUCCUGGCUACUAUACAUCCAAUACACAGCCUACCUCCUUUCCCUAACCACCCGCCAGAACGUCUCUCAGUGCUUUUUCUGCACUUCCCCCUCUCGGCCACUAUUGGCCGCUGUUCCCAGCAACGUCUGGUUUGGUGAACCCCAUGGGCCCAUACCCACAGGAAAGUUAGAAAACAUUCCUCUUUUCGGUCAGUCCCUCCCGGUUUGCCUCAUAGGGCCCUCUUCAAGGUCCCGUCCUACAUGUUCCCGUAACAUCACUGUCACCAAGCCAAUGUGUGUUCGCCCUCCCGCACUUCUCUGGUGCAACAAUAACAUUACCAGUCCCUGCGUUCACCCCCCUCUUCAAGGUUUCUGCACCCCCGUAAUAAUUGUUCCCCAGGUUUAUCUCUAUGAGCACAAAGAACUCGCUUCACAGCUGGGAGGAGACCGAAAGAAAAGGGAGCUUUUCAUCCCUCUACUCAUCGGGCUGGGUCUCAACGUCUCGUCGGGCGCCCCGGGAGCCGCUGGAGCAGCCCACGUCCAAACACACCGUCUGGCCAUUGACUUCCCAGAUACGUUUGACAAGGCCAUGGCUUCCACCAUAGGGGACAGUCUCAAAUCCUUCCAGCAACACAUCAUCUCCCAAACAGGCGUUGUGCCGCAAAACCGAAGACGUCGGGACGUCGUGGCCGCUAAACAGGGGGAGGCGUGCCUUUUCUUAGGGGAGAAAUGUUGCUUCUAUGUCAAUGAAUCUGGACUGGUGGAACAAAACAUACGGAAGCUCAAAGAGCUCCGGCGAGAGCUUCAGGCAGACGGCCUUACCUCAUGGUACUCAGGUCCUCUGGUGGUUUGGCUCGUCUCCUUCCUUGUUUCCACAUUGGUUUUGGGGACCCUUCUGACAGUCUGCCUCAUCAAAUUUCAAAAAAAGACAGAGAAGUAA